AUGUUUUUGGUAUUACGGAAACUUUAUGAUGGUUAUCAUCAAUACAUGGAGUACAAAGAUCCACGAAAUUGCGAUUUCUUGCUGCUCCGAUCGCCGCUUUAUAUUUUCCUGAUUCUCACUCUUUAUUUAUCAUUCGUUCGAAAAAUAGGACCGCAUUUUAUGUCGCAACGGAAACCAUAUCAGCUGCGUGGUAUCCUGCUCGCCUACAACUUGUUUCAAGUAAUUUUUAGCUUCGUUAUUGCUACAAGUGGUCUCUAUUACUCGUACUGGCAACCGGAUUUCGAUUAUUUCGGACUUCAUCAUUUCGCCACGCCAAAUGGCGAACCGAGAUAUGCCUUAGCAGUCAUUUGUUACCUUUAUUUUUGGGCAAAAGUCUGCGAUUUGUUCGAUACAGUAUUUUUUGUUCUUCGAAAAAAAUCGAAUCAAAUCAGUUUUUUGCAUUUGUACCAUCAUUGCAUCAUGAUUGUCGUUGAAUUCAUUCACAAUAAAUUUUUCGCUGGAAGUCAUUACAUGUUACUCGUCAUCAUAAAUAGCUUUGUUCAUACAAUUAUGUACAGCUAUUAUUUCCUCACGAUCCAGAAGCCGGAUUUGCAACAACAACAAUCUUUAUGGUGGAAAAAACAUUUGACUGAAUUACAAAUGGUACAAUUUUCCAUCUUAAUAAUUCACUUUGGUUGGCCAAUUUUUAGUAAGAGUUUUCACAGUGUUCCCAUUCCAUGGUGUAUUUUCGCGGUUUUUCAAACAAUGUUCAUGUUCCUUCUUUUUGCCGAUUUCUAUAGAAAAGCAUACCUCACAAAAGGUCAACAAGGUAGCAAGUCAUCGACCCACGUUGUCGUUAAUGGAAUUGCAAAAAAGAAAAAGGAGGAGAUGGAAUUCAACAAUAAUGUGACAAAAUUAAAUUGA